UAAACUUGUGUAUUUUGUGAGGGUUAGUACGUGUUCCUGUUACUUCAUGUUUUGAUACUUUUAUGCCGUUGACGUGUGCAGUUUUAUCAGAAUAUGCAGUGUUCAUAACGUCCAGAAAGAGUGUUCAAAUACCUUUUCCAAAAUACAUAUAAGGCCGAGUGUCGACGUGUAAAAUGGCGUGGUUCGGUGACGGACUGCCUAGCUUGUCGAAUUUAAAAGGACAGAUAACAAAUUUUACGAAGGAAGUCUUAUCAGAGGGCAUUGUGGAAGAAAUAGACGAACGAUCAAGAGCAUUAAACGAAGCAAACGAAAAGUGCGUCGAACUGCAAGAAUUACUCAACUCGAAAGACGCUGAAAUUUCACUCCUGCGGCGACAGAACUACGAGCUUCAAAAAACAGUCGUUGAACUCAACGAGAAGCCAAAGGAUUCGAACGACACACACCAAGAUGAUGAAGGCGAAGUGUUCUUUUGGGAUCCACUGUCCGCUAAAAAUCGAAAUUCGAAAAAUCAGAAUCACGUGCGACAGCUGCAAGAACAGUUGGCACAAGCCACCAUGAGGAUACGCGACUUAGAAACCGAACUAAAAUGUGUUCAAAAGGUUAAUAAUUCCUCGUUAAAGGAGGAACUCGCCGAUGGACAUCAGAAAGCAGAAUUCCUGAGGGCCAAGCAGGACAUGGUGAAUCGAAUAAUACAAAUGGAAGAAAAGAACCGAGAAGCAGAGAGGAAUACAAAACGCAUGCAAUCGGAUGAAACGGCCUUGAUCAACGAUUUCCGCACCGUACUGUCCAAAUUGAACUCCCUCGAGAAGCUAGGCUUAGUCAGGAACGCGCUGAAAGCUUUGGAAACGGAAAAUGAAAAGUACAGCGACGCUAAUGAACAGGAAAAAUCGGACUCGGAUGAGAAACUUAAAAAGCACAACAACACCGUAGGCCACGAAUCCGUCGCGGUGAAGCCUAAUUUCGACGUCGAUUCGGAUCUCCAAAAGCGGAACGAUGGCUUUAUCGAGGCAUCGAACAAUAGGGAAUCGGAAUUGUACAAGAAAAUCGAGGAGCUCCAGGAAGAAAAUAAACGAUUGUUUACGAGCGUCGAGCAAUUGGAUCAGCAGCACGAGGAAUCGAUAGAGCAACUGCUGACUCUCAAGGGGGACAUCGAAAAGAAGCACCAGUGCCUUCAAAACGCUUACGAGCAACUCUACGUAGACUACAACCAAGCUCAGGAUAAGGUCGUCCAGUUGGAGAGUAGACUCGCAAACACGACUAAGCAUGUCGAAAUCGAGACAGUAUCUCAUCCUGUGCAAACUGCUCCCUUGGAGAUCGAGGACAGACUCGUCCAGACGGAUGCUCUUGGAUUAGACGAGCAGAGGAACGAUAAGACUGCUAUCGAUGAGCUAACCGCGAAGGUGAAGGAUAUUUUGAAGAAUUCGCUCGUAGAAACAGAGCCUGGAGUGUCGAUAUUCGAGGCUGUAGCGAAGCAAUACGUGGAUGCGAAAUGGAAAAAGGACGUGUUGGAGAAAAGGGUGACGGAGCUCAACCGAGAGCUGAAGGGGGCUGUGGAAAUGAAGGACAAUUUACAGGUCGAGUGCUACGAUAUGCAGACGCAUAUCGACUCGCUGGUAUUAGAGAUACAAGAUUUAAAAUUAAAUUUACCGUCCAUACCGGAGGCGAGCGAGGAACGCGUCGCUUGGCUGGAGUCUGAAUCGGAGUCCUUGCACGAGGAAGUGAAACGUCUUCAAGCUGAAAACGCGGCAUUGAAGAGGGAAAACGGAAAACUUGGUGGAGGCGGGCUGUGCGAAAUACGGUUAGACAAUCAAGGGUAUACAGCAGCUGGGUCUAGAAACAGAAAACUAACGAAAUUAGAAGACAUUCCGGAAUGUAUCGAGGAGACCGACAGCGCAAUGGAGAAUCUGAAUCGCAGAUUGCACGCGACAUUGGACGAGAACGAGGAGUUACAAAGAAAAGUUGAUAUACUUGAAAACACGGAGAAGGAGACGCAGGAGCAGCUCAGGAUGUCGAUGGAGAAGUGCAAAGGAUUGGACGAGAAUAUCGAAUUCACCGAGGAACUGAAGCUCGAGCUCGAGAACGUGAAGCGAGAACUAAAGACGUCGACUUCCGUUAGAAAACAAUUAGAAAAUAAUCUGACUCUGUCUCAGAGCGCGAAAGACGAGGUCGACAAGAAGAACAAGGAACUGUCCCUUAAAAUUGAGCAGCUGGAGACUGAGAUCUCGAAAUGCCGUGAAAUCAAUCUAAAAGAGGAGAACAAGGACGUAUUGCAAGAUCUACAGAAACAGUUCAACAUAGUCAGUUGCGAAAAAGACUAUUUGAAAGACGAUAUUUUGGACAUGCGAUGGGAAUUGAGUCAGGCGUUGAAUCAGAUAGACUCGAAGGAGAGCCAUAUAGCGAAAUUGAGUCAAGAUAAUGAAAAUUUAAUGAAGGAGAAGAAUUCCUUACUGGAACAACUGACUGCUAUUCAAGACGAGUCCAAUGAUAAAAUAGACUUGGUAAAUACGGAGAAGACUUUGCUCGAACAAGAACAGAUGGAAUUGAAAGAAAUAGACGCGAGCAAGGAGAAAGAACUAAAUGAACUUAAGGAACGAUUACGCGAGACGGAGGAGAAGUAUACGAAAUUGCAAGACGAAUUUACGUGUGCGAAUGUGAAAGCUGAGCAAUUUCGGUUGCAGAGUGAAAAUCUUCAAAGCGAAAUGGUAAAACAGGAAGAACUGAGGAACGAAUUGGAUCGUACAAUGUCCAUCGUUGAGAGACUAAGUUCCGUAGAAAAUGAUUAUACUCAAUUAGUAAAAGAAGUGGAAACGCUACGCGCGAAGGAGGAAACGCUAAUAGCUUUACAAGAACACUUCUCCAAAUUAACGGAGGAGAAUAGAAAUUUAAUUAGCCUGAAUGAAACGAUACAAAAUAAUUGUAAACAAUUAGAACAGGAAAUGGCAUCCCUGGAAGCGCAAAAGAAGGAGUUAGUAAAUCAUGCAAACGAAAAUACCUGUGAUGAUGAAAAGCAACAAAUUAUAGCACUGUUAGAAGAAAAGACGCGAGAAAACGAUGCCCUGAGAAAUGAUAACGACAAACUGAUGGCGGAAAUCAUUGAAUCGCAAAAAAAACUACAGAAUAUCGUCGAAAGUAAUACGGAAUCGACCGAUAUGGCGAAGCAAACGAUAGAAAGCUUAUCCCAUCUCAUCAAGGAGAAAGAUGAAGAAAUCAAUGGUUUGAAAGCAACGAUUGACCUUGUGAAAAAUAGUACGGAAACGUCUGAUAGUUUUGCGACUAUAAAGAACGAAAGAGACGAACUCGUCAAGCUUGUUACGGCAAAGCAUAACGAGAGCUUGCAAUAUCACAGUGAAAUUCAAAGGCUGACGCAUCUCUUGAACGAGCAAGCAUCGCAAAUCCAAGCCUUGGCAUCGGAGAGAGAUGUAAGUUUAUCUCAAUUGGCGGAGAAGAAUGCGGAACUUUUGUGGACGAAAAACGAGUUGCAGGUAGCUCAGCAACGUUUGAAGAACGUCGAAAAUUCGAGCAGCAGUGAAACUUGCGGAAUCGUCGAACAUUCCGCGCAAAUGGCAGAGAUCGCGCUUCUUAACGAGAAGUGCAACGCAUUGGAGGCAGCUUUGAUACAGGAGCAGUCUAACAACAGGAUGCUGCAGCAUCAGAUUACAGAGAGCCAAAAUAAAGAGGCGAACGCUGCGAAAGAACUGGAACGGCUACGAACGCACUUGGUUGAGAUCGAGUCAAGCUACACAGAAGAAGCUCUGAUCGCCGAGGAAGCGCGAAACGAGUUGGAAGCAAAGUUGCUGCAAGCCGAAGAAAAAGUGAAAUCCAGCUCGACCGCGUACACGUCCGCCAAUAUCAGAGCGAAUCAACAAGUGGAAACGUUGCAACAGCAAAUGGCGUUGAUCGUUCAACAAAGGGAUGACAUACAAAACAAGUUAUCCAUUGCCGAAGAUACAAUCUUGUCCCAAGCUGCAUCUCUAACUAAUUUGCAGAUUGUCUUAGAACAGUUUCAACGAGAUAAGGAAAGAGACAUCAUGGCAGCAAUGGAAAGGCUUCAAGUUAAACUGAAAAAUUCGUAUAAGAAACAAGAAGAGCUGGCUAAUGACGUUACUAACCUGAAGGAGCAAUUAGCAGAAGCUAAAGAAUGCUUACAAGCGGCAUCAAGAUUAAGCGAACAACUUGAUAAGAAAACAGAACGUAUUGAACAACUGAACCAAGAAGUGGACCGAUUGGCAAAUCUCGUAAAUACUGCUGAUCAAAGGAUAGAAGAAGCGAAACAAAGUGGAGAGGGAAAAGUUGAUAAAACUCUCAUUAAAAAUCUUUUGUUGGGUUACCUGGUUUCAUCGGCAGCGGACAAGUCUUCGGUGCUCAGAGUAUUCUCUACGAUUUUGGAUUUCGAUGAAGUAGAAAAGGAAAAAGCUGGUUUGAACAACGCGGCCGCACAAAGUAGUUGGUUUUCACGUUUAAGUAGCGGAUCUACAGUUCCUAAUAAGGAUCAAGAUGCAUCUUUAUCGGCCGCGUUCGUAAGAUUCCUAGAAAGCGAAUCAAAACCUAAACCACAAUUACCAGCACUGCCAAUUCAAACAUCAUCUUUACCAAGGCCUGGCCACAGUAGACAGCAUUCAACGUCAUCGACACAAUCUACUUUAUUGCUUUCAAAUGUAAACCUUCCAACAUUCCCGGACUUCGUUCCAGCUAGAAAUACGGGUUCUAUUUUAAAAGAAGUACUGAAGGAUAGCUGAUAUUAAAACUUCUGGUAUAAUGCUUUGUAAAUCUUCAAACUAUGAUAAAAAGCAACAUGUAAAGAAUACGUUUAAUUACUGAAUUUCAUUCGAUAAAAACAUAAAAAUACAAUUACAAGAUAAAAAUAAAUUCAUUAUACUUUCUUAUUUGUAAAAAAUGUAUAUACUGCAAAUAAUUUUGCAGUAAUGAUUAUUCAGGCAUUCUUAAUGACAUCUUUUUCUUAAACAAAAUUUCUUCAAAAAUAUUAUUUUAUAAAAAAUUAAAGUUUCGAUCAGCAAACAUAUUAUUUAAAUAUUUUUUGGUGCUCACGAUAAAAAUAUUUCAUAUCUAUUCAAGAUCUCAAUUUUUCUUGCUGACAAUAAUCUUGUAAUAUAAUAAAAUUCAAACUUUUGUCAAUUUGAAAGGUAGUCUAUAACUACGCUGUUUUAAUCUAAACUUUUAUCUAAAAUUACAACGAAUGAAAUAUUAAAUAACAUAUGUUUACAGUAUUAAAUAUUUUUAUUCAUACUUUGCGCUACAUAUUAAAGUGUCUUUCUGUUUACAUAUGAAAUUAAUAUUAUAUCACAGAUAUAAUGUAAUCUAUCUUACACAGUAAAUGCAGUUUGUAUUUAUAUCCUUAUAGUCCUAAAUAUUAUAAUACUCUAUAAGGUAAAAUUGUUAAGCCUAAGUCUUUUAGUUUUGCAACAAUUGUAUAUAAAAUAAUGUAACUAAAAAUAAAUACGAAAUGGUGGGCUAGCAAUAAAUAUAUAACAAAUUUACACUAAAUAGUGGAAGUGCUUCCAUUGUAUUGGCUAUAAUUUUUAAUAUAAUUGUCAAAAAUACGUGAUCUUCUAACCUACAAAUUUGAUAUAUUGAAAUUUAUUACACAUGGAUAUUGUUAAAAUAUAUACAAUGAAGAAAAAUAAUAUACAAAUAUAGUUUUCUUACUGUUAAAUUUUGCUUUCUUUUAUACCAUUAAAAUGAACUUCAUUAUAUGUAUGAUAAUGUUUACUAAAAUCAUAGUUUCUAAUGUUUGUUUCCAACAAUUUUGUGACAAUGUAUAGCAGUAUCAAUCCAAAGAUGGCAUAAUUCCAAUAUACAUAAUGUUUACAGCAUACUAAAAAUAGUUUGAACUAUACAAAUAUAAGAUUAUCUUUCAGUGUUUUUGCAAAGAAGGAAUUUUAUAUUUCUAUUUUAUCUAAUGAACCUAAUAUUAUUAUUUAAUUAAAAGAUAGGAUAUGUAUAAUUUAAAAGAAUAUCACAAAAAUUUUAUUUUUCAGUUUUAUUUUUAACCGAAUUCUUAAAAUCUGAAAGAUACAUAAUACACUAAUGAGACUAGAACACAGAGUAUGAUAAAUGUUACAUGAAUUAUUUUUCAAAGCUUUUACAAAGAAUUUAACAUUUAUUUUGUCUAAACUAAACCUAUUACUACUAACUACCUAAUUCAAGGGGAAGAGAUGUGAUUAAAAAGAGAAAUAUUAAUGAAUAUUAACGUAUCACUUUUAUUUUAAAUGUAAUACUUAGACUAUUGUGACAUAAAUUAUAUGACAGAAAAAUUUGUGAAAGAUAUAAAAUAGUAUAAAACAGAAACACAAAUAUGAGGAAUACAGUUCAAAAAUUUAAGACUU